AUGAAGGCUGCCUACACCGCCUAUCGAUGCCUCACCAAAGACCUAGAAGGCUGCGCCAUGAACCCGGAGCUGACAAUGGAAAGUCUGGGCACUUUGCACGGGCCGGCCGGCGGCGGCAGUGGCGGGGGCGGCGGCGGGGGCGGCGGGGGCGGCGGCGGGGGCCCGGGCCAUGAACAGGAGCUGCUGGCCAGCCCCAGCCCCCACCACGCGGGCCGUGGCGCCGCUGGCUCGCUGCGGGGCCCUCCGCCGCCUCCGACCGCGCACCAGGAGCUGGGCACGGCGGCAGCGGCGGCAGCGGCGGCGUCGCGCUCGGCCAUGGUCACCAGCAUGGCCUCGAUCCUGGACGGCGGCGACUACCGGCCCGAGCUCUCCAUCCCGCUGCACCACGCCAUGAGCAUGUCCUGCGACUCGUCUCCGCCUGGCAUGGGCAUGAGCAACACCUACACCACGCUGACGCCGCUCCAGCCGUUGCCACCCAUCUCCACCGUGUCUGACAAGUUCCACCACCCGCACCCGCACCACCAUCCGCACCACCACCACCACCACCACCACCAGCGCCUGUCCGGCAACGUCAGCGGCAGCUUCACCCUCAUGCGCGACGAGCGCGGGCUCCCGGCCAUGAACAACCUCUACAGCCCCUACAAGGAGAUGCCCGGCAUGAGCCAGAGCCUGUCCCCGCUGGCCGCCACGCCGCUGGGCAACGGGCUAGGCGGCCUCCACAAUGCGCAGCAGAGUCUGCCCAACUACGGUCCUCCGGGCCACGACAAAAUGCUCAGCCCCAACUUCGACGCGCACCACACUGCCAUGCUGACCCGCGGUGAGCAACACCUGUCCCGCGGCCUGGGCACCCCGCCUGCGGCCAUGAUGUCACACCUCAACGGCCUGCACCACCCGGGCCACACUCAGUCUCACGGUCCGGUGCUGGCCCCCAGUCGCGAGCGGCCACCCUCGUCCUCAUCGGGCUCGCAGGUGGCCACGUCGGGCCAGCUGGAGGAGAUCAACACCAAAGAGGUGGCCCAGCGCAUCACCGCGGAGCUGAAGCGCUACAGUAUCCCCCAGGCGAUCUUCGCGCAGAGGGUGCUGUGCCGGUCUCAGGGGACUCUCUCCGACCUGCUCCGGAAUCCAAAACCGUGGAGUAAACUCAAAUCUGGCAGGGAGACCUUCCGCAGGAUGUGGAAGUGGCUUCAGGAACCCGAGUUCCAGCGCAUGUCCGCCUUACGCCUGGCAGCGUGCAAACGCAAAGAGCAAGAACCAAACAAAGACAGGAACAAUUCCCAGAAGAAAUCCCGCCUGGUGUUCACUGACCUCCAACGCCGAACCCUCUUCGCCAUCUUCAAGGAGAACAAACGCCCAUCGAAGGAGAUGCAGAUCACCAUUUCCCAGCAGCUGGGCCUGGAGCUCACAACCGUCAGCAACUUCUUCAUGAACGCCCGGCGCCGCAGCCUGGAGAAGUGGCAAGACGAUCUGAGCACAGGGGGCUCCUCAUCCACCUCCAGCACGUGUACCAAAGCAUGAUGGAAAGACUCACUUGGGCACAAGUCACCUCCAAAUGAGGACAACAGAUACCGAAAGAAAACAAAGGAAAAAGACACCGGAUUCCUAGCUGGGGCCCUUCACUGGUGAUUUGAAAGCACAAUUAUCUUGCAAAGAAACUUCUAUUCUAGCUGUAAUCAUAGGCCAGGUGUUCUUUUUUUUGUUUUUAAUAGCUAUGGAGUCCAAGUGCAAGCUGAAAAAUUAAUCUCUUAGAACCAGACACUGUUCUCAGCAUGCUAAGUAUCCCAGAAACCCAAAUGGGGCCUUCCUGGAGUGAGUUAAUUCCAGUAUGGUGUCAACCAAGCUCAGGAUUGCUUAAAAUGUCAUCCGUCCCACUUCAGGUCCUGUCAGCUUCUUGCAGUCAGCGUUCCUACGACUAGCAAUAGGAAUUUGGCGUAUGUAAGGACUCUGAGUUUAGGCUUCCAAGACACAACAAUAAGAGAAGAAUCUAGCAACAAGAAUGACCUCAUUUGUUUUCCACAUACUUAGCCUCAUUAUACCACGGUAUGUCCAAGUUCACAGCCAUAACAUAAACAGAAGAAUUACUGAGCACAAGUUUUAAAUAUGGACGUUUAAAAAAAAUCCAAGGACCUGUUUUUCCAACCCAGACAUCUUUUCAUUGAAUGAUUUAGAAAGCUUUAAAUUGAUCCAGCUUACAAUUUUUUUUUUCUUUACCUCCUGGAAAUCUCAUAUAGUCUUGGAUCCAUCAAAACACCAGUCAGUUCACUUGAGCUCAAAGUAUCAAGCACAACAAAAAUAAACAGAAGUAAGGAAGGUUCUGGGUUCACCACAUCUGCAUUUUUACCACAUCUGGAUUGUGAAGUCAUUAGGGAAUUAAUGAGAAUAUGACUUCAAGCACAUUUUGCAGUUUGCUACAAAUUCUGUUGUACAUAAUGCAGACGCACACUCAGGAGGCCAAUUUAACUGUUAACAGUACAUGGAUCAAAUGCAGCAUUUUAAAAGAUCUAGGAUUUUUAAGAUCAUUAAUGUGUCCUUCUUGGUUGAUCAGUCAUCUGGUCCCUCCUACUGUGCGUUAUGACCACCACGUAAUCCAUUCCCACUCUUUCUGAUUUGGGGUUUUUCGUCAUCCAUCCCAUUUAGUAGGGAUGUUUUCCGUGUUUUCUAGCAAGAAAAAGAAAUCAGUCAAUCAAACCUGCAUACAUGUUACUCAUGACUGUCAUCUAAUCCUAAAUCUCUUCUGUUGUUGAAUCAUCCUUGCAAAACAGCUGAAUAAAUCUGGAGAAAACACAGCACACCAAAGAAGCAGAAUACUGCAAACCAAAGACAUUUAUGACUUGUCAUUUUCUAGCCUAAAAAUACUGUGAUUACUUUUAGAAAUCAGAAAACCUCUGCAACUCUGAAUGGCAUUUGGCACAUCAUCAGGCUGAACAGACCAGCUAUGCCAAGGACGUUAGCCAAGCCACCCAGGGGAGUGGCUUUGCCACACCAGUUGUCACCUUCCCAUAGCAAGUGGAAGAGCAUCCACAGAACUCUGGGAGAUUGCGGAGGUCACAAUGUGCAUAUUUACCAGUGAAUGGCCCCGGGUGGGGCCACGUGGGGGUGUUCAAAGCAAGCCAAACGCUGCAAUGAUUCUUUACAGACACUUGAGACUGACUUUUUUAUGAAUUACUUAAUCGAAACCAAAGAAACUUUUUCUGCACCUACUUCUGCAACAAACAAAACUGUCCCAUUAAAAUGAAUAAAUAAAUCCGUAAAUCAAUGGAAAUCACCACCAAUAAGAAGGAAGCACGCCAGAAAAUAAAUGAAAACAAAAAAAACAGCGAGACACACUGUGUUCAAACAGACCUCUUGGGACAUUUUUUGGAAGCAGAUUUUAAAGAAAGGGUUGAGACAAAGAUAGAAAUAAGGAAGAGCCUCAGUGGCUGCUGCUUCAUUUGACAACUCACGCGGUAAUCUUAAAGUUGAAGAUUGUCUUUAAUUUGUGCCUAUGCAGUUUUUCAAAAGAACACGGAACAGAGCAACAGAAACCUCAACAGCUACAAUACCAAAGAUGAGGAUUUCUCACACCUUUUGUUUCAGUUCAUUAUCUCCUCUUGCCUGGCUAAAAUACUAAUAGCGCCAUUGAUCUGUAUAAAGGUAAUCAGUUAUGUUUCUCUGAGCAACAAAAGGAAAGGGCCAUUGAUUUGAUUUUAUUGUUUCCCUUUAAUUUUGUUUUAUGGUUUUUUACCCCAACAUGGAAUCUCUCAAAAGUUUCCAUGGACUCCAAGUUUAAGAUGUUGGGAUAUUGAACAGUUCUCUCUGCUCAGCAGAGAGUAGGGAAUAACAUUAUCACUUGAAUGUUCUUUGCUUAACCCUUAGUCUUGGUUCCUUCUAUGUUCAGAGUCUCAUCAUCAGGGGAGGGAAAGGGAGUGAGGGUCAGGGAUAGGGUUCUUGGUGAUGCAUCCUCUCCCGAGCCACAGAACCAAAGAAUUUAUAGAGGAAUUUACAGCCUCGUUUUCACAUGAUUGCUACAUCCUAACAGGGCUUCAUUUGGGGGUGGGGGAAAACAUGUAAAAAUAAUUGCCAGUUUCUACUUUUCUAUUAGCUUUUUAAAAAUCAGCUGUAAAGUUGCAUUUCUAAAGAAAGAUAUAUAUAAUAUAUAAAAUACAUAUAUAGAUCAACUUGACAUUGGUGAUAACCAAAAUUAUUGCUGUCCAAAUUCAUGUCUUGCUUUCGUCCAGUGCUUCAUUUGUUAAGUAUUCGGUUCAGAAUUUUUCUCAUUUCUCAUGCCAUUCCAGAGUUAAUUUGCCACUGUGGAUGAUUUGAAUUAUUCAGAUCUCUAUGGAAGUUUCUGGGAAAGGUUUAAAGUCAAGAUCAAGCAUUUUAGCACUUAACCUGUUGAUAAAUGGAUCCAUGGUGUAAAUGAGUUUUAUUUGUAUUCGGAGUCAUCUCUAUUCUAUCCCUCAGCCUCGAUUAAGGUGGUGAGUGAAGUACAUCCAAUAGGCUCAGCCCAGAACUGGGCCCUGACAGGGGGGUGCUCAUCUUCUGUAACUGUUGGGAAGGCUCAGUGGUCCAUUUUCACCAGUUAAAGAAUAUGAGGCCAGCCCAGAAAUCUGUUCUCCAGGAGCUGCCCUGUCCCAUCUGGGUGU